AUGGAGAUCUCCACUCAUCAGUCCCACCUCCUGCAGCAACUGAAUGAGCAGCGCAGGCAAGAUGUCUUUUGUGAUUGCAGCAUUCUGGUUGAAGGGAAGGUCUUCAAAGCACAUCGAAAUGUAUUAUUUGCUAGCAGCGGCUACUUCAAAAUGCUCCUUUCUCAGAAUUCAAAGGAGACAAGUCAGCCAACCACAGCUACAUUUCAGGCCUUCUCCCCUGACACUUUUACGGUUAUCCUGGACUUCGUCUAUUCCGGCAAACUCUCUCUCACUGGUCAGAACGUCAUAGAAGUGAUGUCAGCCGCUAGCUUCCUUCAGAUGACUGAUGUCAUUAGUGUAUGUAAGACCUUUAUUAAAUCUUCGCUAGACAUUAGUGAGAAAGAAAAAGAUCGCUAUUUCAGUCUCUCUGAUAAAGACGCCAAUUCUAACGGUAUAGAACGUUCCUCCUUUUAUAGCAGUGGCUGGCAAGAAGAAAGCAGUUCUCCUCAUUCUCACCUAAGCUCAGAUCAAGGAACAGGUGUAAUAAGUGGAAAAUCUUGGAGUAAGUAUAAUUACCAUCCAGCCUCCCAAAGGAAUACUCAACAGCCUUUGACCAAGCAUGAACAAAGGAAAGAUUCCAUUAAAAAGUCCAAACAUUUGAGGUUGUCACAGCCUUCUGAAGUUGCUCCUUAUAAGUCAAGCAAACGAGAAGCACGAACAUCAGAUUCUUCCAGCCACAUUUCCCAAUCUGAAGAACAAGCACAAAUUGAUGCUGACAUGGACUCUACUCCUGUUAGCUAUCCGUAUGAUGAUCUGCCCCGGAUGCGGUUCAAGUGCCCAUACUGCACACACGUGGUGAAGCGGAAGGCGGACCUGAAGCGUCACCUUCGCUGCCACACAGGAGAAAGACCCUAUCCCUGUCAAGCCUGUGGGAAGAGAUUUAGCAGGCUGGACCACCUCAGUAGCCACUUCCGAACAAUUCACCAGGCAUGCAAACUAAUCUGCAGAAAAUGCAAACGCCACGUGACUGAUCUAACAGGGCAAGUGGUCCAGGAAGGAACCAGGCGCUACAGACUCUGUAAUGAGUGCCUCGCUGAAGUGGGCAUAGACAGCCUCCCCAUUGAUUUGGAAGCUGAACAGCAUCUUAUGUCCCCAUCAGAUGGAGAUAAGGAUUCCAGAUGGCACUUGAGUGAAGAUGAGAAUAGGUCAUACGUGGAGAUUGUAGAGGAUGGAUCUGCUGAUCUGGUCAUACAACAGGUCGAUGAUAGUGAAGAGGAAGAAGAGAAGGAGAUAAAGCCCAACAUUAGGUAGCUAACGUGGGAACCAACAGAGCUGGCAUGUCUGCAACUUACGCUGACUUCCUGUAUCUCUCUCUUUCCAUGGUCAGAGUCUGGCUCACAAAGGUAUCUAUCAGACUGACUUAAAAGUGAUGACCUAAUAUAACUUGCAUGCUUUCCGAACAGGUCAUGGUAUCCAUUCUGAACUUUGUUGCCCUAAAAUACGUUGCUGCACUGGAAAGAAAGACCUAGCUUGAGUUG